UAUAGAAGCUUCACUAUAUCAGUUCCACUCCCUGUCCCCAAUGGAAGUUAAAAUUGCUCAGCUUCUCACAGUUAUCUCUAUGAUUGUUCUAGUUCUGGUAGCAGUGGAUGCUAGUGUUCCAGCAGUGUUUAUAUUUGGGGACUCCACAGCUGAUGUUGGGAAUAAUAACUUCUUGCCUGCUAGUAAGGCAAAGGCCAACUUCCCACCCUAUGGCAUAGAUUUUGUGCAGAGUAGAGCAACGGGCAGGUUCAGCAAUGGAUUGAAUAGUGCGGACUUCUUAGCCAAGAUGAUGGGGUUUAAGAGGAGUCCGCCACCUUUUCUUUCUCUUACCAAUAAUACAUUGCUGAAGCAUGCCCGGCGAGGGAUCAACUUUGCCUCAGGAGGAUCUGGGAUCCUUGACACAACAGGGAGCAUAUACGGCCAGGUCAUCUCCAUGGCGAACCAAGUCCAAUACUUUGAGACAGUGCGUGCAAAUCUCACAGCACACAUGGGAACGACCGCAACGGAAAAGCUGCUCGAGAAGUCUAUCUUCCUCAUUAGCACUGGAAGCAACGAUAUUUUGGAUUACUUCACGCCCAAUGGUUCUGUUAACCGUCCUCCUAUGACUGCCUUCCUUUCCACUCUUUCCAUUACUUACAAAGGCCACCUAAGGCUCGCGAAAAGCACUUGUUCUGGGAUUUAUUUCACCCUACGCAAAACGCCUCUAAGAUAGCAGCCCAAACUCUGUUCAGUGGCUCACAUGAAUUCGUAACACCAAUCAAUUUUGGCCAAUUAGCUGAGGGUUGUUCUUAAAAACAAUUAAAGAUCCAUUCCUUCAUGGAGAACAGCGUUCUAUGACCUCGUGAGAGUCAGCAAAAUGUCCUUGGUUAUGUGCAGAGAAUUAGAUUAUUGAUAAAAAGAAAGUUGUCCGCUUCAUUAAUUUCAUUUUCUUGGUGGCUUGACCGUAAUUUCUAGCACACCACAUCAAAUACAAAAGAA